CUUCUUCUUAAUAAAAUAGAGCCAUAUAAAAAUAUAUUCGUCUUUCUUUAAUACAGAAUAUUAUUCAUGUCGUUAUUUGAUAUAGAUAUUUCAAAGUCUAUAUGGAAUGGAAAGAUUCCAAUCAAGAUUACACUUGAUCCAACAGAAAUAGAUGUUUAUGGAAAAGACAAAAUUUGGGAUCCUAUUUAUCUUGAAGCAUCUCGUUGUUCAUACUUUCCUUUGAUUACAAAACAUUUGCACCAUUUAUUCUCCGAAUUAGGAAUGCAAGUUUCUGAAGAAGCAUUUCAAUCAAUUUGGUAUGAAUAUAACAAUAAGCCUUUAAAAUGGCAUUAUCCUAUUGGAUUGUUAUUUGACUUGCAUUCGAAAUCAACAUUAUUACCAUGGCCAAUUACUCUACAUUUCAAAGAUCUACCUACUAAUGAUAUUUUAUUAAAGCCAACUUUGGAAACAAUGCAUGACAUGUUUAUGUCUAUGGUGAAAGAGGCAGACUUUCUUCGCUAUGGAAGUACGAAAAAGGUCAUGAAUCUUUCAAAGUAUGACUCGACACAAUUAUGGCAGUCUUUGAUAGUAGAUCGAUUUGAAGAUUUUAGAGCAGUCAAUAAACAAUUAAUAGAAUAUUCGAAUCAACUUCAACAUAUACCAUUAAGGAUUUAUUUACCUGAAAACUGUCCUAUAAUUCAAGAACUUGUUCCAUUUCAUUCUGAUACAGAGAAAGAAAUAAUACCUACAAUAGGCGAUAUUCUUAAAAGAUUAAUUCCAGACUUAUUUAUUGAGAAUGAAUUAGAUCCAAAUAUUGAAAUUAUAAUACAUGGUAUUGAAUUACCCUUAGACACUCCCGUACACUGGGCAUAUGAAAACCUUUCGUUUGCUGAUAAUUUUUUGCAUAUUGUGAUAAGAAAAAAAUAAAAAUGAUUUGUAGUAGCUCUUAGUUAACCAUCAUCUUACACUUUAUUUAUAAAAAAUAAAAUAAAAUAAAGAUAGGCCGAAAUAAGACACA